CAACGGCCACAGAAGAGGUUUUUGUCAAACCAUCGCCACCCACUCAGAUCCAACUUCAGUUUCGGAAAGAAAAGCCUCGGUUUCUUCUCUUCCUCUUCAUCCUCCAUUGCUAGCUGCCUCUAUCUGUGUUAAUUAAAUUGAUCGAAUCAAUCGAAUCAGAAGCCGGAAUUUAUAAAGAAAUGGGGAGCGCAGGACAGAACGCAUGGAAAUUGGCGGAUCAUCCUAAGCUUCCAAAGGGAAAGACUAUCGCUAUGGUGGUUUUGGAUGGUUGGGGUGAGGCUAAACCCGAUCAGUAUAACUGUAUCCAUGUCGCCGAUACUCCUACCAUGGAUUCCUUCAAAACUACUGCCCCUGAAAGAUGGAGAUUGAUUAAGGCUCAUGGUACUGCUGUUGGGCUUCCAAGUGAGGAUGACAUGGGCAACAGUGAAGUUGGUCACAACGCUCUUGGUGCUGGUCGCAUCUUUGCUCAGGGAGCGAAGCUUGUUGAUCUUGCUCUUGCCUCUGGAAAAAUCUAUGACGGAGAGGGAUUUAAUUACAUUAAACAAUCUUUCGACAAUGGCACGUUGCAUCUCAUUGGACUAUUGAGCGAUGGUGGAGUUCACUCAAGGCUUGAUCAGUUGCAGUUGUUGCUGAAAGGUGCUGCUGAACGCGGUGCUAAAAGAAUCCGUGUUCACUUUCUUACUGAUGGCCGUGAUGUUUUAGACGGGUCAAGUGUUGGCUUUGUGGAGACUCUUGAGAAAGACCUGUCAAAUUUACGUGAGAAAGCUGUUGAUGCACAAAUUGCAUCUGGUGGUGGGCGCAUGUAUGUCACAAUGGACCGCUAUGAGAAUGAUUGGAAUGUGGUGAAACGAGGAUGGGAUGCCCAAGUACUUGGUGAAGCCCCAUACAAGUUUAGAAGUGCUGUUGAAGCCGUCGAGAAACUGAGAGCAGAACCCAAGGCGAAUGACCAGUACUUACCUCCUUUUGUCAUUGUUGAUGAGAGUGGAAAUCCCGUGGGACCAAUUAAGGAUGGUGAUGCUGUUGUCACUUUCAACUUCCGAGCAGAUCGCAUGACUAUGCUUGCUAAGGCUCUUGAAUAUGCGGAUUUUGACAAAUUUGAUCGGGUUCGAGUCCCUAAAAUUCAUUAUGCUGGAAUGCUUCAAUAUGAUGGUGAGUUGAAGCUUCCAAGCCAAUACCUCGUUACUCCUCCUGAGAUAGAAAGGACAUCUGGUGAAUACUUGGUGCAUAAUGGUGUUCGCACCUUUGCUUGCAGUGAGACUGUUAAAUUUGGCCAUGUCACUUUCUUUUGGAAUGGAAAUCGUUCUGGUUAUUUCAAUGAAGAAAUGGAGGAAUACGUGGAGAUUCCAAGUGAUGUUGGAAUUACAUUCAAUGUCCAACCUAAGAUGAAGGCAUUAGAGAUUGCUGAAAAGGCAAGGGACGCCAUCCUUAGUGGCAAAUUUGACCAGGUUCGUGUCAAUCUACCAAAUGGUGACAUGGUGGGACAUACAGGAGACAUUGAGGCCACUGUAGUGGCAUGCAAGGCUGCUGAUGGUGCUGUUCAGACGAUCAUCGAUGCUAUAGAGCAAGUUGGUGGAAUCUAUGUAAUUACUGCUGAUCAUGGCAAUGCUGAAGACAUGGUUAAGAGGGACAAGUCUGGUAAACCCCUUUUGGAUAAAAGUGGCAAACUCCAGAUACUCACUUCUCACACUCUUGAACCAGUGCCUAUUGCAAUUGGAGGCCCUGGAUUGAAAGCUGGUGUCAGGUUCCGCAAUGAUGUUCCCACUGGUGGACUUGCCAAUGUAGCAGCAACUGUGAUCAAUCUUCAUGGAUUUGAGGCUCCUAACGACUAUGAGCCCACCCUCAUUGAAGUUGUCGAUAACUAGAAGUGAUGUUUACUCAAAACCCACCAGUUUUCCUUGAAUUUUGACUGUUAGCAACUAUAAUUGCGGAAACCUGUUGAGUACAGUGUAUUAUCCGGUUAAAUAAGUUCUAUUUAUUUUUGACUCUGGACGCUGGGCUAGCGGACUUUACCAUUCUCAGUGCAGAGUGAACAUUUCAAUUUCUACUCCGUCGGUGUAAUGACAGAAUUGUAUUUCAAAUGGCCAUUUAAUAGUUGGCGUACUAUUUUCUUCCUGUA